CUCCGCAUUUCUCCUCUCCUCUCCUCUCCCCUCGCUCGUUCGUCGCGUCCUCCUCAGAUCAACAAACCGUGUCCUGCUGCUGCCUCUGGAAACCACCGGGGGAUCGCCCCGCCCUUUCCUUCCCGCACCUCAGAUCCUCCGUCCGAAAACGGCAGCUUCCGGAGGUGUCCCGUCUCCCUGCUCCUUCCGGCGCGACGGGUGGCACGGCUCGCGGAUCCGGCGGUCUUCGGUCGACGGCGAGGCGGCGCUCGUCUUGGAUCGGGAGUGGUUGCUGAGGCGCGGAGAUGGUGGCCGAGGCGGAAGUCAUGCAUCAGUCCCCCGUUCCGGUGCUGGAGGUGCAGUACCACCGGCGCGCGACGACCAAGGGGGUUGACGACGUCGUCGGGAUGUCCGCGCCCGCCCCCGCGGAGGUUGGGGUUGGGGUUGGGGUUGAGGUCGAGGUCGAGGUCGAGGUCGCCGUGGAGGUGCCUCGCAUGGGGUUGGAGCAGCCUGAUGUCGCACCAAGUUUAUCCACGGACAUGAUACAGCAGUUUGUGCCCAACAUCCGUUCUGGUAGCUUCGCCGACAUUGGGCCUCGGAGGUAUAUGGAGGACGAGCACAUCCGAAUAGAUGAUCUUUCCGCCCAUCUCGGCUCGAUGUUGGUCUGCCCUCUGCCUAGCGCCUUCUACGGGGUCUUUGACGGCCAUGGCGGCCCGGACGCCGCAGCCUACAUGAAGAGGCAUGCGAUGAGGUUCUUGUUUGAGGAAAGCGAGUUCCCACAGGCGUCGCAGGUGGAUGAGGUGUACCUCGAGUCCGUGGAGAGCUGUGUCCGCAGAGCCUUCCUGCAGGCGGACCUUGCCCUGGCUGAUGAUCUGGACAUCAGCCGGUCCUCUGGAACCACGGCGCUCACUGCAUUAGUGUUUGGAAGGCAACUGGUGGUCGCGAACACGGGGGACUGCCGCGCGGUGUUGUGCCGGAAAGGAGUGGCGAUGGAGAUGUCCCGCGACCACCGCGCGAACCACGUGGAGGAGCGCGAGAGGGUGGCCGCGUCGGGCGGGUACAUCGAGGACGGGUACCUGAACGGGGUGCUGUCGGUGACGCGGGCGCUGGGCGACUGGGACAUGAAGGCGCCCGGCGCGUCGGCGUCGGCGGCGCUGAUCGCGGAGCCCGAGUUCCGGCGGGCGACGCUGGGUGAGGACGACGAGUUCCUCGUCAUGGGGUGCGACGGGAUCUGGGACGUGAUGACGAGCCAGCACGCGGUGAGCCUGGUGCGGCGCGGCCUGCGGCAGCACGACGACCCCGCGCGCUGCGCCCGGGAGCUGGUGAUGGAGGCCAAGCGGCUGGAGACGGCCGACAACCUGACGGUCGUCGUGGUGUGCUUCGCGCCGGAGAUGGGGUCGCCGUUUACACCGCAGCAACAGCAGGAGGAGGAGCUGCCCGCGAGGCCCAGGAGCUGCAAGAAGGGCCUGUCGACGGAGGCGCUGUGCAGCCUGAGGAGCUGGCUGGAUACGGACCACCGGUAGAGGGAGGAAGAGCUGGGGGGUGUGUAAAUACUGGAGUAUUAUGCUGACAGCAACACUGGUUGAUUAUGAGCGCUGGGCCAUCUGUUGAGGAUUUUACGUAGGCUGGUUCAGCAGCCAGCAGUUUUGUAGGUUUCGUUCUUCCUUUUCACCCUUGUUAUCUAGUCGUUUGUUGUACAUACAUGUAUGGAUGCUGCUGAUGACAUCUGUGUGCUGCGCUCCAUUGCCACCAACUUUCUUUUUACCGAGAGCCCAGUGAGAAGAGGAUAGCGGAGCAGGCACAGCCACUGCAUUUGACCACAGUUUUCAGGCACAGCGACACUGGGAAAGAUCAAUCAAUCAACUUUGUCUUGAGCCGAGCAGGUAGCAGAUGGGAGUGGACUACUACUAGUAGUGCCAUUGCGGCGACAAACCGGGUUAGACAAUAUUAUUAUAGGAGACAGACAGGAUAUGAUCGGCUGCCUAAUCGACAAUUAUUUUGAUGUUUCGAUUUUUAUAGAUACAAUGUUUUUACUCUA